CCCGGGGCCGCCCUCUGGGGACCCUCGGCCCUCCCGGCGCCUGGGCGGCUGAUGGAGACGCGGGGUGCCGCGCUGGGUGCAGGUGACACCCGCGGGAUCCAGGUUUCUGCUGGAGGCGGAGAGCGCUCCGAGGACCCGACGCAGGCAACUCGGGGGCCAGGGAUCAGGCAGCGAUGGCCCGAGAGCUGAGCCAGGAGGCACUGCUGGACUUCCUGUGCCAGGCUGGGGGUCGGGUGACCAACGCCACGUUGCUGAGCCACUUCAAGAGCUUUCUCCGAGACCCCCAUGCGGACCCCAGCCAACACCAGCACCGCCGCGAGCUCUUCAAGGGCUUCGUGAACUCGGUCGCCGCAGUGCGCCAGGACCCCGACGGCACCAAGUUCGUGGUGCUCAAGAGGAGGUACCGGGACCUUUUGGGGGAGGAGGGACUGCAGAGCCCCCGUGAGCCUCGGGAGGCCGCCGUCCCUGGCGGGGGAGCGGCGUCCCCGCCGGGCGCGCGCCGCGGGGAGCCGCCACCGCCGCAGCCCCGCCGGCGGCGCCGCGAGAGGAAGCGAGAGGAGGAGCCAGCAGGUGCCGCAGCCCCGGCUCCGGACGCGGGUUGCAAUGGUCUCCCCGCCAGCAGGGCCCGGGAGGCGGCCCGGGAAGAGCGCAGGCGGAAAGGCAGCCCCAGCCAGAGGUCACCCGCACCCGUGGCUCAGGCGAUCGCGGCCCAGGUGGGCAGCAGGUGUGCGGCGGUCGAGACGCGGGGCAGCUGCUGUUGGGAAUGCCAGCAGAACGGCCUGGGGCGGUUGCAGGGAGACCCAACGGCCCCAGCACUCCCGGACUCGGCCGUCACCGGGGAGGAGCCGGCGCGGGCUCCACCUGCCCGGGGGCAGCCGCAGCAAGACGCACCCACCGAGCGCGCACCGGUACCUGCAACACCCCGCUCAGAACCUGCCACCAUCCAGGCUUCUGCGAGCCGGGCGUCGCCGCCUGCUUUCCCGCUGUGCCCGACUCCCUCCGGAGAUCCGCCGGAGCUGAUGCCUCCGGGCUCCCUGCACCAUUCGACCCAUCAGCUGCAGCAGCUUCGCACUCAAGAGUGGGUGGCCAGACAUCCGCAAGUACCCGAGGCCCGGGAGCAAGUUCCUACCCGGGCCUGGUCGGUGCUGCCUGACAACUUCCUCCAGCUACCCUCGGGACCGGCCUUCUGGGUCUUGGAGACAACUAACACCGCGCUGUCCAAGUCUCCGCUUUCCUCUCACUCUCUCCAUCCUGGGAUUCCCGAAGGGUCUUCGGAAUCGUGGUCCGGAAACCAUCCACCGGAAGUCUUUCGUAGCAUACGUUGUCAGUUGUCCCUCCAAGAUCUCGAUGACUUUGUGGACCAGGAGAGUCAUGGCAGUGAGGAGAGCAGCAGUGGGCCCAAAGAGUCCCCUGGGGGUUCAGAGGAGGGGCUACCUGCUGCCCUGGGAACCCCAGAUUGGGGAAAGCUCAGGAAUCCCGUGGCAGGACUAUCUGUGUCUCCAAAGGAAGGCAGUUCCAGCCAGAGCCCUCAGACGCUCAGGAUCAGAGAGGAUGGCCACACUUCUCAGCAGGCCCCUGUGGGGGCUAAGGGAUACCCACAAGAGCCUUUGUCCUGGCCAGCUCCCAGGUUAAGGAGGUCCCUCAGAAGGAGCUAUGGGGCAGGCAGAGCCAAAUUGUCCUCCUCUGAUGAGGAGUACCUCGAUGACGGCUUGCUGAAAAGGAAUCGGCGCCCACCGAGAUCCAGGAAACCCUCUAAGGCAGGACUGAUGCCUAGCCCACGGUUGGAUGCAGCUUUGACGCACAGAUUGUCAGAUGUUAAGACUGUUGUGGCGGAGAGAGAUCUGUCACACAGUACGUGGGUCUCCAGCAGGGAUGGGCAUGCAGCCCUGGUACCUCGAAGAUCUGAACACAAGUCAUCCCUGGUCCCUCUAGAUGCCAGGGAGCAUGAAUGGAUUGUGAAACUUGCCAGUGGCUCCUGGGUUCGGGUGUUGACUUUGUUCUGGGAGGAUCCCCAGUUGGUUUUGCACAAAGAUUUCUUGACCGGGUACACUGCCUUGCACUGGAUAGCUAAACAUGGCAACCUCAGGGCCCUGCAGAACUUGGUCUCCGGAGCACAGAAGGCAGGGAUUGCACUUGAUGCAAAUGUGAGGUCUGGUUGUGGGUAUACCCCACUACACCUAGCAGCUAUUCAUGGCCACCAGGGGGUCAUCAAAUUGCUAGUGCAGAGGUUAGCUUCUCGGGUGAACAUCCGAGACAGCAGUGGGAAGAAGCCAUGGCAGUAUCUAACCAGUAAUACCUCUGGGGAAAUAUGGCAGCUCCUCGGAGCUCCUCAGGGCAAGCCGAUUUUCCCUGUAUACCCCCUGGUCCGAAGCUCUUCCCCCACUAGGAAGGCCAAGAGCAGGGAUGUAUCUAGAAAUGUCACCCGAAAAACUUCCCUGGCUGCACUACUCAAAAAUCAGCACAGUAAAUGGAAAUUGGCCAGCCAGUAUGAGAAGUUCCAUGCUCCCCAGGAAAGAGAAGAGUACAGUGACUGAUGGAGUUUCCUCUCCAACAUGCAAGAACCACACCCCAUCUUUGAAUCACCAGUGAGAGCGUCUGGGAACUAGGUGCUGGGAGUUGUAAAGAGAUAGGUCAGGUGAAAUAGCCUUCCUGGAUUUCAAUCAGUCCCAUGGACUUCAGCACAACUUUUGGAAGGUCAUGUCCUUGGGUGGGUCAAAACUUAGUCAAGGGACAGAACAAAGCACUUCAAACCCCGGAGUGGCUCAUCCCUCUCCAGUGACAGUGAAGAGCUGGCCAAAGCCAACCCCUGUGUUUCUCUACAUCAGCAAUUCCAGGUCUUUGCUAGAGAGGGAACAGAUGUCCAAUCUAAAGAAGCAAUGCAAGAGAUUCACAAAGCUCAGACAAGCUCCUCUCUGGCCCAGAGCUCUCUGGCUUCUCUCCAUCUGGAGAAUAAAUCUUGGCUGGGAGUGGAAGGCACCAGGUUUGAAAUCAGAUGGCGUGCUUUCUUUCUCUUUAUAUGCUUUUUUUUGGCAUUCACUAAAAUAGAACCAUUAUUGGAGAGCAGAAUUUGAUUUAAAGAGAUUCUUCAGCCUUGUGUAUGAAUCUCCUUCUGAAUGUCACCUGCGGUGACUAGUGGGUGACCUGAUUAGUGCCUCCAGUAGGUAUCUUACGAGCAGAAAAGCAGUUUGGUAAGAUCUGGUUGUGACCUCAACUCCACUCCCUAGAGAAAUGAUUGGCAUUCAGGCCCUGCAUUUUAUUAUCAACCCAACAGGAACUUUCCAAGUGCAAAAACAGUGUGGCUCAUUUGCAUGGUAACUGAAACCAUCUUUCAGGGAAACUCCCUGAGGAACAAACAGAAUUCUCACUAGUAGUUUUCAAUAAGUUUGAAUGGCCAACCUUGCUACUCAUGAAAAUAAAAGAUUUCACUCUGGGGAAGCAGUAGUAUUAAGAGGAGAAUGUCUCUCCAUCAGAACUCUUCUCAGCUGCUAAAUAUAGUUUUAUUUGCACUAAACUUCUUGCCAAUUAAGAUUAAAAAUUAGCCUGUAAGUACUGUGUGUUUAACAGGAAGUGUUCCUUUCAAUUGCUUGGGAAGCGACGGAUCACUCUGAAUGCCUGAAACUAGAGUGACCAGUGCACAAACCACAGUAAAUCACCAAGAUUUCUGAAUGUAAAUUCUAACAGGACUGGAAAAUUAAGUGUUCAAAUUGAAAUUGCUCAUGUGUGUGUGUGUGUGUGUGUGUGUGUGUGUGUGUGUGUGUGUGU